AUGGCAGAAGUCAACGCCGGUGGCGAGGGGGCGUGGGACUGCGGUGGGCAUCGGGAAGGCCGGGAAUGGGUGGACCCGGGCAUCGGGAAUCCAUUCCCGGCGACAAGGCGUCUUGGGGCGGCGCCAAGGAGUUCUCUGCACAGCCACGGGAGAGAGAGAGAGAUGAGGACGGGGGAAAUGAAGGAGAGGGAGAAGGCGAAGGGGAAGGAGGAGCAGGGCAACAGGGUUCGGCCUGGGGUCGGCGGCGGCUCGCCGGCGCGGCGAGGAUGGCCGGGGUCGGUGCCGAGGUGCUCCGGCGGCGCAGGUGGCUCGGGGUCGAGGGUCUCCUCCCCUCGAUCCAGUUCGGGAGCGAGGGAGCGGGACCCCUCGGGCGGCGGCGGAGGCUUGGCCCGGAUCGGGCCCGGGGCGGGCCGCGGAUGGGCCUCGCGGGCCUGGCGCGGUGGAGGCGACGUGGCUGCCCCUGGUUGGCUGCAGGUCGGCGGCGCGGCGAACGGAGCGGCGGCACUUGGCGGUGGAGGAGUGCACCGGCGCUGA